AUGACCGUCAGCAAGGUCUCAUCGCGAGACCAGGCUCACCAUGAGUCUGUCCAACGACGCUCCCAGGCCGUGGCCGAGCAGGUUGCCGAACAACAGAGCUGGCUCGAGAAGACAUUGAAGCCCAAGACGGUUUCAGCGAGAUAUCCAUUCACGGGCAAGCCACUUCUAUAUGCUACCUGUGCGUUUGGAAGUCUGGGAGAUGCCUUGUUUGGGUACAACUCUGGAAUCAUGUCCGGACUCCUCGUCAACCCGGUCUUCAUUAGCCGGUUCUUCAAGGACUACGGCGGCGCAGACGGAUCGACCGAUACCGUUAAUUCGUCCAUCACCGGUAUCUCCGUUGCUUGCUUACAGGCCUCCGCCGCCGUCGGCGCUCUGAUCGCAGGGCGCCUCGGUGACAUCGUCGGGCGAAAGAAGUGCGUCCGCAUCGGCGGGUUCAUCUACUUCUUUAGUGCGUUUAUCCAGAUGUUCGCGCCAGGGUUCGCUACGUUUAUCGCCGGACGAACGAUCCAGGGACUCGGUGUUGGCUUCCUCUCUAUGACCGUGCCGAUCAUUCAGACAGAGAUUGCCCCACCGCAUCGCCGUGGUAUGAUGGUCGGAAUCGAGUAUACGUUUUCGAUUGCCGGCUAUAUGUUGAGUUGCUGGGUUGACUAUGGCUUCAAUUUCCUGCUUCCGGAUGCGAUGUCAUGGAAGGGUCCGUUCAUCGUCCAGAUCAUUCUGUCUUUUAUCCUCUUGGCCAUGUCGUUCUUCCUUCCAGAGACACCGCGUUGGCUGGCGAAGAAUGGUUUCAUGCAGGAGAGUCUGCAGACAGUCGCCGAUCUCCAUUCCAAUGGCGAUACACAGGCAGAGCACGUUCAACAAGUCUACACCGAGAUUCAGGAAGCCGUCAUCUAUGAGACGAACCUUGGCAAGUCUAGUUGGACGGAAAUGUUUACCCGCUACCGUAAACGGACGAUCGUAGGCAUCACGGUCCAGAUGUUCGCCCAGCUGAAUGGAAUCAACAUCAUCUCCUUCUAUCUUCCCACUACGCUUGCUUCUGCUGGGUUCGAUGAACGAAAGUCUCUUCUGUACACCGCCGCCAAUGCGAUUCCCUACACAGCUGCCACUAUCGUUACAUGGUGGCUGGCAGAUAGCUGGGGCCGUAAGCCUCUGCUGAUUACUGGAGGUCUCGGAAUGGCCGUCCUCCUCGCCAUAGUCUGCGCCUUCACGCAAGCCGAUCUCUCCAUCCAGACCAAAGCCUCGGGCCAAUACGCCUUCGUGAUGCUGUAUAACAUCGUCUACGGCUUCACCUGGGGCCCAAUGCCCUGGCUCCUCCCAGCCGAGAUCUUCCCGCUGCGAGGCCGGAGCAAGGGCAUGGCGCUCGCAACAACAAGCAACUGGAUCUUCAACUUCAUUAUCGGCAUGGUCUCGCCUGAUGCUUUUGCCGGGAUCCACGGAUACUUCUACAUCAUCAUCGCGGGAUUCUGUCUGUUUUCGUCUGCGCUCGUCUACUUUUAUUAUGUGGAGACGGCAAAUGCCAGUCUCGAGGAAAUUGCGGGCUUGUUUGGGGAUCAGGCGUUUGAGGAUGAGGGUGUUCUUGGUCUGGGAGUCGGUGGUGGAAUGGAGGUUCGGAGGGAUGGGGGGAAGGAGGUUGUUUGA